AUAAGGUCCACUGGUCUUGGUAUGUGUGGAAAAAAAGUUUAGGAUUUCGAGGACUCUCUAUCGAGGCCCCUGCCAAAGCGAAUCCGCACCACCGAUUGCUCAAUCGGCCAGCCUCGAACUCCGCCGUUCCCACGCAGUUGUCGCCCAAGAUGACGGCCGCGAAGAAGAAUCUCAAGGCGACCAAGAAGUUCGAGAAGAAACAUCUCAAGGGCGUCCUGGAAAAGAGAAAGGCGGUCCGGAAGAUCAAGCAACGACAACAGCUCAAGGAGAAGAAGAAGGCCAAGCGCGCACAAGAUGAGGAGUUCUACAAGGGGCCCGGAGGCGACGCCAAUGGCGAGAACAAGGCCGCCAACAACAAGAAACCGGGUGCCAAGGCUAGCGAGAUGAGCGUCGACGAAUUCUUCAAGGGCGGCUUCGAGAUCCUCGACACCAAAACCAAAGACAAGACCAAGUCGGCUGCAAAGCUCGGGAAGCGCAAGCGUGGGGAGGCCGAUGCGCGGGAGGACGAUUCGGAAGGCAGCGGGAGCGAACCCGAGAUCUCGGACUUCGAGGAGCCCGUGGUUAGCGACAGCGAAUCCGACGACGAUGACGCUAGCGACGAAGGCGACCUGGGUAUGUCCAAGAGCGCCAUGGAAGCGCUCGCCGAGAAGGAUCCAGAGUUCUACAAGUUCCUGAAAGAGAACGAUCCGGAGGCGCUGGAUUUCGACGAGAACGCAGAUCUUGCCGAGGUCGAUGACCUCAGCGGCAGCGAAGACGAGGACGAACAGCCCAAGAAGAAGCAGAAGAAAGACAAGAAGGCCGCCAAGGAGCAGCAAGAAAAGGACGACAGAGAGCUUACCCAAGCCAUGAUUGCCAAGUGGAAAGCCUCAAUCCAGGCGACGCAUUCUCUCAGAGCCGCUCGGCAGGUCGUCAUUGGCUUCCGCUGCGCAGCCCACCUGAACGAGAGCGACGAGGAGAACCGGCAACGUUACACCAUCACGAGCCCAGACGUGUUUCAUGACAUCGUCGUCCUCGCGCUCAGGGGGAUCCCCGAGGUCCUGCAGCACCACGUCCCGGUCAAGGAAUCCGCCGCGGGCAAGGUGUACGUCCAGACGGAGGGAAAGAAAUUCAAGGCGCUGUCGAUGCUCAUCAAGAGCUUUGCCGCCUCCGUCAUCCGGUUGCUGGGUACGCUGUCCGACGAAGCGACCCUCAAGCUCACGUUAUCGGCACUUCAGCCACUGCUACCAUACCUGCUCUCGUCCAGGAAAUUGUUGAAGCUCCUGAUCAAGACGGUCGUUGCCUUCUGGUCCCAGUCUGCAAGCACCGAUGCCACCAGGAUAACGGCUUUCCUGGUAAUCCGUCGUCUAGUCGUGAUCGGCGACAAGGCCGCCAGAGAGGUUGUCCUCAAGGCCACCUACCAGGGCCUGGUACAGGGCAGCCGCCUGACCAACGCCAAUACCAUCCAGGGUAUCAACCUCAUGAAGAACUCGGCCGCCGAACUGUGGGGUCUCGACCAGACCCUGGGCUACACAACCGCCUUCACCUCGAUCCGCCAGCUCGCCAUCCACCUCCGCAACAGCAUCAUCAACAACAAGAACGACUCGUACCGCGCCGUCUACAACUGGCAGUACGUCCACUCGCUCGACUUCUGGUCGUGCGUCCUCUCCGAGCACUGCAGCCCUCUCAGACAAGCCGAGGCCGGCAAGGAGAGCCAGCUCAAGCUGCUCAUCUACCCGCUCGUCCAGGUGACGCUCGGCGCGAUGCGCCUCGUCCCCACGGCGCUCUACUUCCCGCUCCGCUUCCAGCUGAUCCGCUCCCUCCUCCGGCUCUCGCGCGCGACCGACACGUACAUCCCGCUGGCCUCGGCCCUGCUCGAGGUGCUCAACUCGGCCGAGAUGAAGAAGCCGGCCAAGGCGUCGACGCUCAAGCCGCUCGACUUCUCCGUCGCCUACAAGGCGCCCAAGUCGUACCUGCGCACGCGCGUCUACCAGGACGGCGUCGCCGAGCAGGUCGUCGAGCUGCUCGCCGAGUUCUUCGUCCUCUGGUCGCGCAGCAUCGCCUUCCCCGAGUUCUCCCUCCCCGUCGUCAUCAGCAUCAAGCGCUGGCUCAAGGAGGGCCGCAAGCCCGGCAGGGGCAACAGGAACGGCAAGGUGGCGUCCGGCCUGGUGCUGCUCGUGCAGAAGCUCGAGGCCAACGCCCGGUUCGUCGAGGAGAGGCGGGCGCGGGUCGACUUCGCCCCCAAGGACCGCGCGCAGGUCGACGCGUUCCUCAAGGAUUUCGAGUGGGAGCGCACCCCGCUCGGCGCCUACGUCGUCUCGCAGAGGAAGCUGAGGGCGGAGCGGCAGAGGCUGGUCGAGGAGGCCAGGAGGGAGGAGGAGAAGAAGCGGAAGGAGGAGGAGAGGGAGGCGUUGGAAGGCGGUGAUGGCGACGGUGGGGAGAGUGGGGAUGAGAGUGCCGAGGAAGAAGAAGAGGAUGAGGACAUUGAUGGGGCCGAGUCGGAGGAUGAGGGAAAGGAAGAAGAGGACGAAAGCGAAGAGGAGGAGGAGGAGUCCGAAGAAGAAGAAGAAGAAGAAGAGAAAGAAGCGGAAGAGGAUUAAAUACCUGUCGCCGUCUCACCAGCAAUUUGGCGAACCUUAUAAGGAGCGCAUCUGCGCAUGUUUGCUUGCGUGACUCUUCAGGAACAAAACCGAAAUUACAAUUGUU